GCCACGCAUGAUGUUCGCUCAGGUACGAACGUGACAGUGUACGAUUGUCGACUAAGGCAGGUGCUAAUCCACACGGCGCCUCUGAAUAGGCUUGGUGCUUGGGCGACCGGCAUAUAAGAUGCAGUGCACAUGGCCUUCCCCAGCUAGGACGGUACCCACCGCUACCAAUCAUCAAAGCCCCGCGAUAGCUUUCGAAGCUCUUCUCACGACAAAGUCGGGUGGUACCAAACUACAGUUCUACCAACAAACAUACUAGGCAAUAUGGCAGCUCCAGCAAGCGCUGAUAUUAAGAACCUUGAGGGAAAAUGGGUCAUGAACAAAUCCCUCUCGGAUGCUUUUGACGCCGUCCUCGCCCUCCAAGGCAUAGGCUGGCUGACGCGCAAAGCCCUCGGCGCAGCAACCGUAACCCAACACCUGUACCAAACCACUGUAGACGGCGAAGACAACACGCCAACGACAGAAAUCAAAAUCGACCAACUCAUAACCGGUGGCAUCAAAGGCUCCACUGAAACCCGCAUCCUAGACUGGCACUACCGCGAGCACGUCGACCGGCUCUUCGGCACCGUCAAGGGACGGUCGCGCUACAUUGCCCUGGCCAAGGCAGUCGAAGAAGGAAAAGCUGCGGGUGUGAGCGAGGAAGACGCAAAGUAUGUGGCCGAAGGCUGGUUGAAGGAGAUAGAAGAAGGAGAUAUUGUCGAGAGUUUUGUGGAGAACGAGGCGAACAAAUGGACUGCGUGGCAGAUUUGGGGGUUCGCAGAUAUUGGGGGUCAGAGGAAACUGACGAGGAAGUUUGUGGUUAGGAAGGUGGGGAGUGAUGAGGUUGUUAGGGUUAGGCUUGUAUAUGACUACACGGGCGCGUUGGACCAGGCGGCUUGAGAUGUAGGGCUGUACCUACCCGUUAUGCUGACCAGAGAAGUACGUUUCCCGAUCUCAGUUCUGUCUCACACGUGCCGUUUCAACUUCCAGCUUUCUAUGGGCAUCCUGUCCCUCGAGUUAAUGGCAAGUCGUGCAAGUUCUCUCUCCCAUAUUAUGUACCACUUUGCACAACACAACACGACCGCGGAGCAUUAUAGCCGGACCCUCGUACAGUUGAGCGUAUGCAUGGAUACAAAAUCCUUUCACCGGUCUGGUUACCUGAUAACGACCUCUCCUAGUACCACGCCGGUCAGUGAUUACCUCCC